AAUUCCCCCCAUUUUUCCCCUCCAGCCCUUCCGGAUUCUCCCGCCCCGCCCCCGGAGCCCGCCCCCAGCGUUCCCGAGGAAAUUCCCAGCCGGAACAUUCCGACGGCGUGCGUGCGACCGACCCACCCCCUCCGGAGUUUCGGGAAUUCGCUGCUGCCGCCGCCCAUGAAUUCCAUGGAGCCCAAAAUUCCCUACGCGCCGCUGAGGGGCUCCACCGUUGCCAAGGCUCCGGGUAAAACGGCCUCCCUGGGCUUCCCCGGCAAAGCCCGCUCGCCCCUGCUGCCGGUGGCCGUGCCCACGGCGCCGGAGGACGACGCCGGCGCCGCCGAGGAUCCUGCCGGG